UUGGCUAUUAUUAUUCUAUAUUGUUGUAAGUAACUGGCCACCGGCAAGUGGAUUGCCAUUACUGGAUUAACGUUAAUUUAUUUAAUUUUUCAGACAAAAUCCUUUUAGCUCAAGCUUGAAAAUCAAGGAAUGUUGAUAUUUUCCAGAUUUUUUUCCGAGACAGUCCCGACAACCUGCAUUUCAUGUAUCCACUAAUUCCACCAUUUUCAUUCAAAUGUCACCGUUUUUACUCGUUAGUGCCUUAUAUGUUGCACUUUAUUGGAUUUAUCUCAAUUAAAACCUUGGGACCGUUUGUUAAACCGUGUUUCGUAGGAAUGUGUUUACCUGAAAUCAUCACACGCUUUUCAUCGCAUAUGAAAUUUUCAAAUGGGGCAUUAUCCCCAUGUUUGGAUUUCCAUUCCUCAAAGACUUUUUAAACGGUGGCCGAGAAUUCAAAUGACAUUUUCCUUGGUAUUAAUAGAAAUGCAGUGUUUAUGAAAAUUUGAAAAUGAUGGAGGGUCAGCAAGCAGUUACCGUGGAUAAAGUGAUUGCCCAAAAUAUGCGAACAACGAAUUACGAACAGUUUAAGAGUUUGGUGCGAAUGCACCUGUCCUUUGAACUUGAUUUGAAUACUGACGAAUUCGAUUUACCUUGCCACGAAGUUAUUUAUUAUGAGAAGGGCAAGGUGAAGAAAUGGAAUCGUUUGUCAAAGAAGAUAAAGGGGUGCACGGCGGGCCCGAAAACAAAUAGUCCACCUGAUACAAACUCUGUUUUGUUGAAUAUGGAACUAGUUAGGCAACUGCGAACCUUGAAGGAGUUUCUUAUGCGAGAAGAAAAUAUUGUGCAAGAAGGAAUUUUUCGAAGAACUGGUGCUGUUUCACGGCAGAACGAGCUUCGUUUACAAAUGAACCAAAAGAAAGAAUUAAAUUUAUCGGAAGGUUUCACUGUGCAUGAUUGUGCGACUGUAUAUAAGGGCUGCCUUUCAGAACUUGCCGAACCUUUGCUGACUGAUGCACAUUACCCAGCGCAUUGCCAAAUUGCAGACUUAUGCAAUGCUGAAGAAAAGAUUAAUUCUCAAAUCAAGGAAGAACACCUUUUGCGCUCGGUACAACUCUUAAUGCUUCUUUUACCCGAAGAAAAUCGAAUUUUGUUUGAAGAUAUUAUCGAUAUGUUGCAUGAAACAACUAAAUAUGAAAGUACAAAUAAGAUGACCCCAGAUAGCUUGGCAACGCUCUUCACGCCCCAUCUUAUUUGCCCGCGUAAUCUACCAGCAGAAGCUUUGCACUAUGUUUCGCAGAGUAUGUCUAGUGUAAUCAGCUAUAUGAUUGUACAAGGAUCCCAUAUUUUCGAUAUACCCCCUAAGCUUGCAACAGAUAUUCGCGCUUACUCCUUAGAGCAGAAACGAAAGAAAACAAUGUCUCCGGAGCAACUGCUAGAUGAGUCCACCUCAGAUAUAUCGACUGUAAACACUGUUUACACCUUUGUGGAUAGAGAAAAGACAGCUGAAGCGCAUAACUCCAAUCCUACAGAUACGGCCCUUGCUCAGCUGUAUGCUCACAUACAAUCUUUACCAGAAUCUUCUAAAAAGCGAAAACUUAUCAAGCAGUUUAAUAAAGAAAAUGGUCAAGGCACACCUCUACAAUUCCUUAUGCUCAAUCGUAUCAAACAUGCUGGGUCGAGCCGAGGCGCCAAAUCCAUAGGUGACUCCAUUAAAAAGCAUAUUUUCCACAGGAGCAUCAUGUCACGUACGCCAAAGAGUACAUCAGCAACUUCGCAAUGUGAUACACCAAAUAGCGUCAUUUCUCUCCCUAAAGUGCGUGUGCUCUUUCAAAGUCCUAAUCGCAAGCCCAAUAAUUUUGGUUCUAGUUUAGCGCUCAAAAAACAUCCUUUACACAAAUCCAUAUCGUCCACAUCCUUACUAACUACUGCCAGUACACCCUCAAAACUCCUAAGAGUUGAUUGGGAUUCAAGAAAGAAUUUAGCUCAUUCGAUGGGGGCAAGUAACAACCUAGAAAAACCUACUUCAGAAGAAAACGGAAAAAGUAUAGAACUGUCGAGACAAGAUAGUAUGCUUCACAAAAGGCAUUCCGAUUCAAAGCAUAAUACAGGAAUUGAUAAAUACCAAACCACUGCUGUAAGGAAACUCCUAUUUAAAUGUAAGUCGGAACCAGACAUUGUUCAUCUUUCCCGAAGAGGAAGAUCCGAAUGUCCGACUGUUUAUGAAAAUGGACUGAGAAAAAGUCUGAGUUUGAAUGAUUUGAAAGCUUGCUCUUCAUGUGAAAUGCUUCCCAUGUCGAAUACAACAAGUUUAGGCCUUAAAGGCAAAGUUUCAGACAGUAAUGAGAUUUACACACCUCCUCGUCACCCACAUGAUGUUUCUCAUCAUGUUUCUCAUAUGGAGACUGAAGAUAUUCACACCCCUGGAGGGUUGAAUAUUUACCGUAGUAAGGAACUCAUCACUAGUACGCCCUCUUUACUGCUCGGACGAAGAUCAAUGUCGCCAAUCACAAAGUCGACGCAAAGAAUGCCCAAGUCUAUGCAGGAAUCCAUAAUGACACCGCGAUCACGCAAACCUGUGAUGUUGGCUACAACAGUUGGUCUCCUGGACCAGAAUCAAGCUACGUACCAAGGGGACUUGUCGAGUUUCCGUGAACAGGAUGAGGACUCCUUUUUGAUUCAAAAUGCAUCUACACAAGUCGAGCACCCUGCUUUGUAUCGAUCAUUUCACGAAAACGAUUUACCGACUAAUAUAAAUAACGAAAAAGUCGAACUCGAACCCGAUUGCCACUCAUUGACAGAUACUUUCAGGGAAUAUCUCCUCGGCCGCAGUGUCCUAACCACAAAUCCAAUCGAUGCCUCAUUUUCUAGCCAUUCCGACGACUUUGGAUCUACCCCCGAUAUCCGCGAUCUAGAUGAAUCUGAAAUGAGUGCGAGUCUUCUUUACUGUUUGAAUGGCAACCAACCAGAUAGUAGCCUUUCAGAUUUUACUACAGAUAACGAGUUAGAAUCUAACUCAUUACGGAUAAUUGAAGGAGGUCGUAAAGAUGGCUUCAGUAGAAAGCGAUUGGCAUGUUCCGAAGAAUCAUUGAAUGAGAAGGAGAAUAUAUAUAUGAAUGGAAUUCGAAGUGAACAAACUAAAAAAGUUUUAGUAUUAGAAAAAAAUCCUAAUGAGACAUCAUUGUAAUUGGAAAUCGGAUCAUUCUGAACGAAUUCCUUGUAUAUGAAACACACUUGAUAGUUCGUUUGAAAAGAAAGGUGGCUAAUGCCGUGAAAAUUAAUCUUACGAAUUUUUCACUGGCUUCUGUGAUUUUAAUUUCAUUUUAGAAAUUGUAUUUCUUGAACAAAGAAAUCGUAUGUCGACAGCUUGCGAAUGUCUAGGGUACUAGAAGUGCGUUUCAUAAACAGGGUUUCUAGUCUUCAUAGUUAAGAUGUGUACGAAAUUUUAAUAUUAUAAUGUUAACGUUAUAAAAUAAUAGAACGGAUAAGUUUUUAUUGGAGUUUGCUCGUCG